CCAAGGACACAGAACUGUUCAGAAGAACCUGCUACAUCGACGCGCAUUGUAAGAAACCCAAACGGUGACAUCAACACAAAAUAUAAUUAUGCAUACAUAGUUGGCAAAAUAAUUGAUCAAACUUCAAAGAGUAAUGAAUUAUGUUUGACAAUAUUCUCAUUUGUUUUUGUAAGUAAGUAAAUUCUCCUGAAUAAUUCGAUACCCUUGAUUUAGUUUUUCGUCAAAACUAAUGUUUUCGAGCUCCUCUCUCAUUGGUCAGAAAAGUUACUUCAAAUGAUCUGAGGAAAUCGGGAACCUCUCAUUUCCCGGAAGUAACAUAAUUUUGGUACACACACGCGCGCGCGCGCGCGCGCACGGUGCACAUGUACGUAUGUAUGCAUAUGCAUAUGUAGAAAUUUUGAUAUAAGAAAACGUCUUUUUUUUCUCGGCGACAUGCGAUACUUUCUCUUGGAAUUUAAAAUCUAAAAAUGUCAAACACACCGUUACAGAAUGGGAAAAAAUGCGAGACACCAACACCAUGUUGGUACCUCACAAUCUAACCUUCGGCUAAAACCCUAUGGAUUUUGUUGUGACAUAAAAGACCACGAUCCAAAAUUAGAUAUAGAUAAUAAUCUAGAUUCACUCUUCUCUAAACACAAUUUAACUGGAGAAGGACCUAAUAUAAAAUUUCGUUUUCAAGAAAUUAACGCAAUUUCAACGUCCCCUCAACGUAUCAAUCAAAAGAGUUCUCAUCGUUUAGGACAUCGAGGACGACCGCGUGGUCGGCAGCGAGGUGGUUAUGAUGAUCCAAAUAAUCAACGAAAAGGAUGGAAUCGCAAUGAAAGAGACGAUAAUGAGAAAAAGUUGGGAGAACCGAUGAUCUGUAAACGUUGUAAGGGUCCCCUUAAGUGGUUUCUAGAAGAUGAGAUUGCUAUGGCACGUGAUUCAAUGAUGCAGGACCGUCAGAAAAAGUAUAAUAUAGAAAUGGAGAACAAUAUUAAAAUUGCUAAAAAAAAAGAACAGAAAAGGAAGGGGAAAAUCAAUCGUGGAAGUUCUACAUCAAAGUGAAUGAAAAUACAUGACAGCAUGAAAAUUUUUUAUAUUUCAAGGUUGUGAUUCUUCUAUUGUUUAUGUUUUUAAUAUGCAUACAAAUGAAAAAUUUGUUUAUGUAUGAAACAGGGAAAAGAAGUGGAAA